AUUGUCUACUUGUUUCAUGUGAUACAUAUUGUGUAUAAUAUGAAUCGGCUAUUCGGCUGAUUAGUGAUUACUAAUUUCAGAUUUGACUGCUUGAGUACCCUAGUGUAAAAUGUUCAAAUGUGAGUACUGAAUAGUGAAUCUGUGAAGUUGGCCGUUGGCGAUCAAACAAGUGUUUACUUAUAAUUCAACGAAAUACCGACUAUUGACAUGAAAACUUUCUCUACGGUUUUAUAAAGGUAAAAAAAUCAUUCAAAACAAUGAAAGCAUACUGUCUGCAAAACGGCAAAUAUUUGGGUGUAUCCUAUUUUACAAAUGUCAAAAAUAUUAAAUGGCUAAAAGACAACAUGAUUUCAAUUUUCAAAGAUAAAUCGCCAGUGUUAAUAAGACGCAGAUUGAUUGUUGAUCCAUUUCAGAUUGUAGUUGCUGUAAAUAAUGCUUACUUGUCCAGUGAAAACUCGUGCAUGAAAACUAAGUCUCUUGCUAACGAAAUUUUGUUCAAUUUAUCAAGUUCAAAAAAUAUCACACAGUCGUUAAAAGAUACCAGCGCUAAUGACCAAGAUGAUGAAAUGGUAGUUGUAAUUAUAUCAAAGUUCUCCAAUGUUCCUGAAAUGAAAAUAUUCCAAGAAAAAUGUAUUACAGGAUGUGAAACAGAUAUUUCAGAAAUUACAGAAAAUAUUGAUGAAAAUUAUAUAAAAUCUUACUACAAAAUAAGUCAAAUAGAAAGUGGAAACUCCAGUCUACUCGAUUCCAUUGUUACUAGAAUUGCUUGUAAAACUCUAACAUUGUAAAACUAUAAAUUUUAAUAAUUAUAAUUUCAUUGAGUUACUUUAA